AAGGUGGAAAUGUGACAGGACCCCCUGGUACUAAAUGCGGUGUUACCUGUCCUGAAAAUCAAUAUGCAUUUUAUAUCAAAACUGGCACUAACAAUCAACUGGGACCUACAAUCUGUUUUGAAGACCAAGUAGCUAUGAGUCCAAAUCUUGGUAAUGGUGGGAGAGGACUUAAUAUGGUUGUUGUGGAUGACAUAACAGCAGAAAUUGUAGGCACCUUCACUGUUGACACAUACAUAGAUGAUACCCCACUUAUCAGAUAUAUACGUACAAAACUUGCAGACAAUCAUAUUGUUAUGAUUGCCAGCUUUGAUGAGGUGUCCUCCAAACUUAAUGAUGCUAGGAGAUUGCUGAAGAAACUUGGGUCGAACCAAGCAGAUUCCAUUAAGUUCAGAGAUUCAUUCAUGAUGAUUGGGCAGAAAAAUCUGGACUCUGGAUAUGCCAUUGAAUACCAUAACAGAAUGCGGUCUGGGUUUGCAAAAAUUAUUGAAAAGAGUGGCUGUUUUUCAAUUCCAAUGGGUCCCCUGGAAAACAGAAUUGAUAGUCUUCAGUCUGCUAUCAUUUUACCUGAGAAUAUGAAAAUUGGGGAGCCAUUCCCAAACUGUGGGUUACCUGAAUCAUGCCCAACAGGCUCUGUGUCGGGCCUGGUGUACACGGGAAAGGGAAAUACAGAAGGGCCUCAAAUCUGCUUGGACGGGAAAUAUGUUUCUGGGACUGAUCUGAAUGAUGGUGGAAGGGGUUUUAAUAUUGUGGUGCUGGACCCAAGAUCAAAGAAAAUUGUUAAAAUGGCAAGAUUUGACACAUAUGAAACAGACAGUAGCCCUCUAGAGAUGUUCCUGGAAGAUGUGUGGGGCUCCCAAAUCAUUAUUGCCGUAACUGCAGAUGAGUCUUCAAAAAAACUGUCGGUAACAGCUAAGGAGCUUCUGCAGGAAUUUGGCAGCAGUAUGAUUGAGAGUCUCCGCUUCAGAGAUGUGUGGUACCUUGUAGGCCAGAAAAUGCUGGAUGGCUUCUCAACAAUAGAACAAAUAAGUUUUGCAGGACCAGAUGGUCAAUGGCCGAAACCCUUAACCCAUUCCUUCUGCAUUCCAACAAAAUUGAAAAGUACGAAGGUGAUGCCAGAUCCACUGGUAUGGAGGAAUGAUGAGAAGAGAGCUUUCUGUAAGGAGAAUGACGGCUAUGUAGACUUUUGUGAUCCUGCUCACGUGGAUGAUCAAUAUAAACCAGUUCCAUUGAUGGAGAAAUCUUUAGAGGGAAAUGACAUAUACUCCUCUCCAAUUAUUAUUGUACCAGGACUUAAUCACAACUCUUUAGUGAAAACACUCGAGACCACAUCCAUGCAGUCUGGAAUCAAUCCUGAAAUGGUGUUUCUGCUAUGGGAUGAACAAUUUCCAGAAUAUGCUGAUCUGGCUGACAUUUUUGGGUUUAAAGAUAUCCGGUUGCCCAGCCAGAAGUCCUAUGAAAAUUUACUAUUAGCAGCAAUAAAAAAAGUUUGGUCACAAUUUCAUGAUAAGAAUUACAUAAUAGUAUUGGAAGAAGAGAUCUUACUGGGACCAGACUUUCUCUUGUUUAUGGCUCAGUGUAAAGAAGCACUCGACAAAGAUGAAUCCCUGUUGGCUGUCUCAGCAUGGAACCCAAAUGGAUAUGAGACAAUGAGUGGAAAUGUGUCUCAACUGCUCAGAGUUGAGGACUUCCCAGGGCUUGGAUUCCUUAUGAAGAGAAGUGCCUUUGAGAAAUACCUACAGCCAAAUCUUGCCACUUGUUGUAAUAACAGAGCUUGGGAUGGUUGGAAUAUCUCCCAAAAGGACUACGUUCCACAGAUCCUUAUCCCAGAUUUGUCACGUGUUUAUCGGCAACCAUAUAAAGGUGCUCAUGGAAUGGAUGACUAUUACAUUGAGCUUUUCCAGAGACCAAGAGCCACUAACCUUCAUCAGAGAGUGUUUGUGGCAGGUGUAGCAUCUAUGGUGGAACAGCAGUACGACAAUCAGAUAGCUAACAUGUUGCGAACAAGUACAACAUUGACUUUGGCAACAUUGCCUGGAUGCUUAGAAAGAGAAGGUAGUGCAAUUCUGCCUCAAAAAGGUGCAGUGUACUCCGUGGUAUUCACCCAAAAGGAUGCAAAUGACUUUAGAAAUCUCAGAAAAUUAUGUCGCUGUUUUGGACUCUUUUCAUCACCCACUCAUCCUCCUAAGGGGCUGUAUAAAGGUGUAUUAAGGUUUAACUAUCAGUACAGCAGUGUGAUGCUGUUGAGUUCUUUAUCACCCUUCCAAAAGACUCCAGGAAACUCCACCCAGUCAAUCAAUGUCAUCCCAAACAAGUGAACCUAAGCAUUCCAGACUAAUGUGCUCCGAGAAAGGACAUCAGUGUGAUAAUGAGACAGAAACUCUGAACUUGAACAACCUAGAAACCUGACUGCAUUUGUUUCAUUCAUUAAGUUAGGGCAGGUUUUCAUGUGCCGGUAAUACUUGAUUCUGCGCAUACAGUGUAUUAAGCAUAUUGCAGUGUUUGAGUGUAAGUGCACGGUUUUAGUAUCACUGUGUGUAUGUUGACAGUAGGUGUGAGUAAGUCAUAAUUUUAUCGAUCAAUAUAGUUUAUUGCAUGUUGUAUGUAAAUGUUCUUUGCUGUAGGUGGACUGCAGUAAAAUGUCCAGAAUUUACACAUUGUGUAUGAAAAAACAUGUUUGUCUUUCCUGUUCUGAUGUUCAUCUAUUACUUUAAAGCAGGUUUAAAGCAUAAUUUGUUUCUUCUGAUCGAAUUAUUUUGUAUUGUAGUUAAUGAAUAUGUGUUAAAAAUUUUACAUCAAGUGUGGUUAUAUUAAAAUAGCAUGGUGUACAUGUACCUAUACAGCAUUUCUGUUGUGUCAGGCUCGUAACCCUUUAAUAGCAAGGUUCAGAGAUUUUAGAUGCAGUGCAGCUGAUGCACAUAAACCAAUAUUAGUGUGUAAGUAGAGAAAUACUGGCAUGCAUGUACAUGUACAAUCCUCAAAAAAGUAUUCUUCUUUCAUUUAACAAUUUGCUUGGAAGGUGUUAGUUGACAAAUGCUAAGUCACAGAUGUGAAAGAUAAUUGGAUGUUUGUAUAUUUACCAUUAUAUCACUAUUGAUGAAUAUUUUUUAUGAUGUACCCAACCAGUCUGGUGGAGAAAACUGUUGCUUCAAAGCAAGGAGUACACCAGAGUUAUUUAUUUAUUUCAGAUUUCAUUUUGAACAGUUUUAGUUUUUAUAUUUAGCAACAUUUUCCUUAAAUUAAAUGUUGUUGAAAAUGUACACGAAAAUUCAAUAUCAGCUAACAUGAUGGAGACAGAGUGAGGUAAAUUAGAUUGUAUUAUAUCUGAUGCUCAAAAGGUGACAUUUUGCUCUGUAAACAAUUGUUGGCGUGUCAAGAGUUUCAUGAUCUGUAUAUAAGUGGCAGUCAGAGAUCUCAUGGUAGUGUAUAUAGAAUAGUUUCCACAAGAACAUGAUUGCUAUUCCAUUAAUAGAAUGAAUUUUGUGAUAUUACAUUAGCAACUAAUUGUGUUUCAUGGGGUGUGUAAUCAUUACAUUAUAUUACAAGUGUGCAUCAACCAUUAACAUUGAACCAGUCUUAAUUGCCCUAUCAUCCUGAUGUAAGAAGCUAUAAAAAAAAAAGAAAAAAAAAAAGUGAUCAAAUCUGUACAUAGAUCAUCUUCCAUUCCUAACCAUGUAUUUCUUAUUUCUAGUCUGGGAAAUUAUGUGAAUUCUGGUAGGGAUUAAGUGAUGCAUUUAAAAUUUUGCCUAUCCAUUCUGCAAAUGCCAGCAACAGUAAGUUCAUGUUAAGGACAAGAAUCACAUUUCACAAUGAGCAUUGUUAUUACAGCAAAGCUUACUUAGUUUCUGGCCAGUUUGUUUGAAAGUACAGUUUUAUGUUUUUAUUUUUUUCUCUUAAUAAUUGAUAAUCUAGUCUGAAACACAAGUCCAUUAAUACAGUAUUUUGUCACUUCAGAAAUCUUGCUUUAAGGUCAAAAAUAAGAUCCAUGUUCAUGGUGUCAUUUUAUUUUUUAUUUUUUUAUUUUUAAUUACAGUAGGCAAAGUUAAUAAUUGUAUAAACUUCAAUCAACAGACGAUGUAUGAUAUCAUGGUAUACAGAUGAUGUAUGAUGAUAUAUCAUAUGUUACUGGAUGGUGGAUUCCUGUGCAUAAUCUUCGGUUAAGAUUCAGUUAAAAGAUGCUCUGAUGAUAUUUGUGUCACUACAAUUGUUACAAUGCCAUAAAUUCUGGUUCAUUUGUCUUUGUAAUAUCCUUUACUUUCAUUUGAGUAUAAAUGUAUACAGAUAAUUUAUAUAUAUUUAUAUAAUGACAACUAGGCAUAAUUACAUCUGUUUUCUUGGAGUGUUGUGGCUUUGUAACUCCAUAUACACGUAGAUGUUUCAGAGUGAUUACCUUGCUUAGAUAUGAGUUAGUCAUUUUAGGCAUUGAUGGAUUUCUCUUGGGGGUUUUGUAUGAUUUCUCUGUCAUAUUUUUCAUAAAAUUCCCAUUUCAUCCUGAUGUUUUGUUAUUGUAGAACUUGUUCACAUUCAGAAAUCUGUGUGUCCAAAGUAUGAUCUGUUUGCAAAUCACUUUAAGUAAAGAAGAGAAACUGUUUGUCUUGGUGUUUGUAAAUAUUUUUGAGUCUUGCCAUUGUAAUGCGAUUAAUGUUUGUGUCCUUGUGACAGGAAUUUAUUGAUUUGACACAAGAUCAGUUUUUUAGGCAGAUCUCAUUGGUUUCAUGGCUGAAAGUUUCGUGAUUACACUGUCAGGUGGAUCAUUUGUAGACAAUAAAUCCACAUAACAUGACCACAUCACAUGCCUGUUUCAUGUUUCAAAGGUAACAUUUAAGGAAACACCUACAUAUACUGGCAUUGUGGUGAUGUGAUAUCACAGUUUUUCUGAUCUUGUCUUCAAUGAGCGCUUCUUGUGUGCCCUCAUUGAAUUGUACAUGUGAAGAGUUCACAAGUUGCGACAUGACGCAAAUAACAAGUAUAGAAUGAAUCUUAAACCUGUAUCAGUCAUCAUGUAGGUAUAAUUCCCAGCAUACAAUGUGAACAAUCCUUGUAAUCAAAUAAUGUAUGUUAGGUGAAUUUAGCUGAUGAUAGUGAAAACUGUGGUAUGCUGGUUGUGAAAGUGUGACAAGCUAUACAGAUGCAUGCAGUAUUGCAUAUAAUGUAUUCUGGUAACUAAAAUUCAUAUACAAUAUGUGUUUGAAUGCCCCAGAAUGCCAGCAUAAUUAUUCUAUUUAAUACCUCUUAAUGUAAUUAAUACUUUAUAGUUCAGCUAAGUGUGCAUAUUGUGUUAAAUUAAUACUAUAUCUGAAUAGCAUUAUCAAUAGAUUGUAAAGUUGGGCUACAUUUGUAAAUCCUUGUCUGGCAUCAGUCUUGUGACUUUAGUUGUUAGGUUUGCAAAGGGAAAACAAUAAAAUCUGUAUGGAAGACAUGGUGAUUGUCAUCUAAAGGUGGAUGUGUUAAAAGUGUCCUUUUGCAUCUAGACCCUUGCACUCCAAUUUUCUUGGAAUGUAAUCAUAUUUUCAAAUCAAGCUUGUCUGCUUUCACCCUUACGGCACAAGAUUGCAUCUAAGAUUUUGAAUUCAUUUUAAGCCAUACAUUAAAACUAAGGCGAGCAUUUGUGCAAUCUGGCGUGUAGCUUGGAUGUUUUAAUAGUAUUGCUGUUCUUGCAUUAGUAAGUUGGUCGUUAAGUUCUGACAUCCAGAGCUUCAGUGCAAAAUGACCUUUUGCAUCAUCUUGCAACUACGGUGAAUUUUCUCUUGGAGCUUUAACAUGCAAAGAUGAAAUGUUUAAACUCCCCUAAAACUCAAAAUAUUCUGACUCUCACCUUUUCUUUCACUGCCAUUCCAAAGCAGUGAACUCCCCAUAGAUGUGAUUGACAUUGUGCAAAUCUGCACAGUUACGUUGAAGUAGGGCAGGUUAUAUAUUACAAUAUUUCACGUGUUGAAAUUGAUUAUUUUUAAGGAUGUGUUAUUUACGAGAUCAAUGCACCAUGAAUAUGUAUGGUUAUCUGUAUUUCUGUUUGUAACAUACUGUUGACCGGAUUCAACAGUUCAACAUGGUUUAUAUAGUCUAUCAUACAAAAGAGGAUGCAAGGGUAAAGAACUGUGAAUUGAUGUACAACAUUAAGGCUGUGCCUCUUCGCUCCUUUUUACAUAUUCUCAUUGGUGGCACGGAUAGAUUUCAAAUGUAUGGAAUUAGUGUGUGCACAUCAGGCAAAUUGUAGAUUGAUGUAUGACUGUUUUAUGCUGUUUUUUUAGGCUUGUUGGGCUGACAAAAUUCAGAAUAAUAAUUUUUUUUCCUGUUAUUUAUUUCACAAGUCUAAUGCCAGCAUGGAUUGUAAUGCUUGUCAUAAAUAUAUUGCCUGCAGUUGUUUUGCUAGAGCCUCUUUUAAACCUCUUUGCAAUAAUACUUAUGUGCAAGUUGAUUCCCUUGGUUAUAAGUGAUCGGAAUGCUGUUUCUGAAGAGGAUUUUCAUGUAUGUCAAUGGCAUAAAUGACGUUUACUGAUCUGAAUCUGGUCUUCAUUGUCAAGUAUAUAAUGGUUGAAUGUUCCUUUUUUCCUCCCCUCUUCGUCUCGUUAUUGUGCCAGGCUGCAUGUAUGCUUUUAUAUCUGUUUGCUUGUUAUAUGAGAUUAAUAAACAGCCCCUGCUGAUAUAAGGCAAAACAGUAUAUUCACAGAUGUCGAAAUUUGUUUUAUGUAUUUCAUAUAUUUAUUGUUUGGUUAUUACAUGUACUCUGGAAACGUAAAAUAAAUUUGU